AUGUGCUGUGAUGUCAUCGAUGAUGUCAUCGAUGAUGUCACACUGACCGACCAUGACAUCAUGCAUCCCCGGCUGCAGGGGGAGCCAGCCGUGGCCGUGACUGACAGCCAGGAGCAGAGCUCAGCGCUCAAUGGAGCGGGGCCUCUGGGGGGCGGGGCUUCGGCGGGGGCGCGCGGGGACGCGGAGGGCGGGGCCCCCGGCGCACGUGACGGCGGCGGUGCGGCGGUGACGUCAGCGGUGUCGCAGCGGGGCCGGAAGCGGGCGGUGCGCGGGGCGGGCGGACAAGAUGGCGGACGGGGACAGCGGCAGCGAGCGCGGCGGUGGCGGCGGGGCGGCGGCGGCGCGGCCGGCCCCGAGCAGGAGACGCAGGAGCUAGCGUCCAAGCGGCUGGACAUCCAGAACAAGCGCUUCUACCUGGACGUGAAGCAGAACGCCAAGGGCCGCUUCCUCAAGAUCGCCGAGGUGGGCGCGGGCGGCUCCAAGAGCCGCCUCACGCUCUCCAUGGCCGUGGCCGCCGAGUUCCGCGACUACCUGGGCGAUUUCAUCGAGCACUACGCGCAGCUGGGCCCGUCCAGCCCCGAGCAGCUGGCCCAGGCCGCGGGGCCGCCGGGCGAGGACGGCGCGGGGCCCCGCCGCGCCCUCAAGAGCGAGUUCCUGGUGCGGGAGAACCGCAAGUACUACCUGGACCUGAAGGAGAACCAGCGCGGGCGCUUCCUGCGCAUCCGCCAGACCGUGAACCGCGGUCCCGGCGGCCCGGGGGGGUUCGCGGGAGGCCCCCCCGGGCUGCAGAGCGGCCAGACCAUCGCGCUGCCCGCCCAGGGCCUCAUCGAGUUCCGCGACGCCCUGGCCAAGCUCAUCGACGACUACGGGGGCGAGGAGGACGAGCUGGGCGGCCCCGGUGGCGGCGGCCCGGGCGGUGGGGGGCUCUACGGGGAGCUGCCCGAGGGCACGUCCAUCACCGUGGACUCCAAGCGCUUCUUCUUCGACGUGGGCUGCAACAAGUACGGGGUGUUCCUGCGGGUCAGCGAGGUGAAGCCGUCCUACCGCAACGCCAUCACCGUCCCCUACAAGGCCUGGGCCAAGUUCGGCGGCGCCUUCUGCCGCUACGCCGAGGAGAUGCGCGACAUCCAGGAGCGCCAGCGGGACAAGCUCUACGACCGGCGUGCCGGCCCGCCGGGACCCGGCAGCGGCAGCGGCGCCGGUGACGACUCCGACGGCGACGACGUGGACGACGACUGAGCCGAUCCCCCAGCCCUCGACCCCGACGCCGGCCCCCCACCACCUCCCCCCGAGCCCCGGGGCAAAGGGGUCCCCAGUCCCCCCUCCCAGUGACGGGGCAAAGGGGUCCCCGAACCCCCCUAACAGCGAUGGGGCGAAGGGGUCCCUGAGCCCCCCUACCCCCCUCCCAGAGAUGGGGUGAAGGGGUCCCCAAACCACCCACGU